AUGCCUAUUGGAUCAUCUCUACCUUCAAAAUCAAUAGGUCCACAACUACCUCUGGAGUACUCGCGAAACCUAGCAAACGAAGAGGACGAGGAUGAAGACGAUGACUCUUAUGCACCUGCUCUCCCGCCAGACAUGCUUCCUCCUGCACGAUCGACCUUUGCGUCGGCUCCCAUGUUCAUAAAGCGACCUUCAUUUCCUCCACGCCCUGUCCAUGACGAUGUGGAUAACGACGAUGACUAUGGCCCAAUGCCACUCCCAACAGGUGGCUCCUCUUUACUGAGAAAGGACAGACACGAUGGCGUUCGUGAGUUCUUAGAACGUGAGGAAACGAGGAAACGGAAUAUCGAGGUCAUUGAUGAAAGCCGUGGUUUAUACUCUCGGAAGGAAGCAGCAAGGCCCAAAAAACUAAAACGAGAUGAUUGGAUGCUUGUACCACCCAAAUCCUCAGACCUUCUUGGGCACCUCGACGUAACAAAACUCAAAGCCCGCCAGUUUUCCCGGAGCAGUGGAGACAAACGAGAAUCAGGUCCAUCACCACUUUGGACAGAAACGCCUGCCGAACGUCAGAAACGUAUAGCAGAAGAGGUCAUGGGGAAACGAAAGCGUACUGAAGAAAGUGGCAUCGCUGACCCGGCGGUCGAUGAAGAAGAUAUUGUGGAGGAAAGAAAACGGAGAAAGAGAGAUGCUGAUAUUAACAAAGUUGUCGAAGAACAUAACAAAUCAUCCAGAGGCGCAUCCCUCGUUGACAUGCAUACCACUUCCAGAUCCUCACCCUCUUCGUCCAAGCCUGACACCAACAAACCCCCUGGAAUAUGGGACCACUCGCGUGACAUGGCAGUCACUGGUAGACUUCUGGAUGACGCUGCGCGGAACCGAGUGAUCCGAGACGCGAAGGGAUUGGGUGAUCGGUUUGGCACUGGAAGAAGCGGGCGAUAUAUGUGA